AGAGCCGUAUUUUUCAUUGAAUAUGUGUGUUUAAGAAUUAAUUUUAUUGCUGAGUUUGAGUUUAAUAUACUUUUAUUUACAGAAAAUGAAAAAAUGUGUUAUUGUAAUUACGUGUCUGUUAAUAGCCCUCAAUACCGCAUCGGUUAUUGAUAUGCAUAACUGGAGUGCAUAUAAGUCAAAGUAUUCGAAAAACUACCAAAAUCAAGACGAAGACAGGAUGCAUAUGGAAAUCUAUUUAAAACACAAACAAGAAAUUGUCAAACACAAUCAACUUUAUGACAAAGGGCUUGCAUCAUAUACAAUGAGUUUGAAUGCAUACAGUGAUAUUCCGCACAUGGAAUUUGUAUCUCUUAUGAAUGGCGCACGACAUGAACAUUUCAGAAAAAAUGAGUCUCAUUGUGAAUUGGUUGAAAUGACGGAAGAAUCCUUACCAAAAUCCAUUGAUUGGCGAUCGAAAGGCGGUGUUUCAAAAGUGGAAGAACAGGGUAGAUGUGGUUCUUGCUGGGCUUUUAGCGUGAUCGGAGCAAUUGAGGGACAAUAUUUUCGUAAAACCGGUCAUUUGGUGCCGUUAUCGGUCCAAAAUCUUGUCGAUUGUGUAGAUACUGAACAAAGCAUAAAGAACAAGUGUCGUGGCCAAUCAACAGCUAGAGCCAUGGAUUAUGUCAAAGAAAAUGGAGGAGUCGAUACUGAAAAGUCAUAUCCGUACAAAGCAUCGGGUGGUUUGUGUAAAUAUAAACCAAAAAAUUCAGUGGCUGAAUUAAGGGGAUAUAAAACGAUUUCUGAAGGCGAUGAAAUGCAAUUGCAAAAAGCCAUUGCCACGGUCGGCCCAAUAUCAGUGUGUGUCGACUCUUCACAUGAAUCAUUCCAACAUUACCAUGGCGGAGUUUAUUAUGAACCAAAAUGCCGCCCACAUUAUUUAAGUCAUGCUGUUUUAGUUGUUGGCUAUGGGAAUGACAGCAAGCACGGAGCCUUUUACAUCAUCAAGAAUUCUUGGGGCGACGAUUGGGGAGAGAAGGGGUACAUGAAAUUGGCAAGAAACCGAAAAAAUCAUUGCGGUAUUGCGUCAGCUGCUCUUUAUCCAAUUAUAUAAUUUUUUUACUCGAAUUUUGUGAAUUUUGAAAAUGCAUGACAAUGUUAUAAUGAUACCUAGUGGAUAAG